UUCAUACAUUCACCACCCCUGCGUUUGUUACCCUGAUAUGGUCAUGGAUUGGAAUUUCUGCAUCUGGUUGUACCUGUUUUGUGCCUUUCAAUUAGUGCUGGCAUUCAACAUUGAUCCUGUGACCUGGAAGUACUUCAUAAGAAACAAUGAUGUUGGCUUUGGCUAUAGAGUGAUACAAAGAGAUACAUAUAGUUUGCUUGUGAGUGAUCCUUUAAUUCAAUCCAGUCAUAAUGUGAGAGGACAAGUUUAUAAUUGUGCCAUUUCAGAGGAAUCUUGCUCGCCGGUAACAUUAAAUGUGCCUUCUGAAGUUGUUAACAUGUCUCUUGGACUUUCUAUGACUAAGGAUCCACAAUCUUCCAAUUCCGUUGUUUGUGGUCCAACCAUUCCAAAAGAUUGCAAAGUAAUUACUACCUUUAAUGGCAUGUGCUUUAAUAUCAGUGAAAACAAUGUAGUGAGUACAUCCAUACCAAGUGCUUUGAGAAGCUGCCCCAUAGAAGUAGAUAUAGCUUUUCUAAUGGAUGGCUCUGAGAGUGUAGAUGAUACAGAUUUUAUCAAAAUGAAAACUUUUGUUUUAACAAUAAUGCAGACUUUUUCCAAGUGCAAUGCUCAGUUUGCAGUAGCACAGUUCUCCACUAAAUAUGAAGUUCACUCCAAGUUUGAAAUGGCCAAAGAUCUCCAAAAGUGGAAGACAAUAUUGGAAGAGAUAAAACAACUAAAAGAAUUUACCUUCACUGCACGCGCCAUAAAACAACUUGUUGCUGGUCUAUUCACAGUUGAGGGAGGAGUGAGGCAAUCAGCAAUUAAAAUCUUAAUUGUUAUUACUGAUGGUAACUCAAAUGACGGACUACAUCUCAUAGAUGUUGUUAAAAAGGCAGAAGAGAAGAAUAUCAUUCGAUUUGCUGUUGGGAUUGGUGAAGCUUUUGAUGAUCUCUCCACAAUUAAACAGUUAGAAAUUAUUGCAUCCACACCUGCUGCCGAACAUGUGUUUAACGUGACUAACUUUGAUGCACUGGACAGUAUUCGUGAAAAACUGGAAGAGAACAUUGCAAUUGAAGGAAUCCAGUCCACUGGGGAUUCUGCUACAUUGGAAUUUGCACAGGAUGGAUUUAGUGCAGUUUUUACAUCAAAUAUAAGCCUGAUAUUGAGUGCUGUGGGAGCUUUCCAGGGGAAGGGUGGAUAUCAAGAAUACUAUCAAAAUGGCCAUUCAUCAGUCUUCCAGGAAGGAAAUGAGUUUGAUAGCUACUUAGGUUAUUCAAUGACAAUCGCAACAAGGUCGAGAAAAAAGUUUGUGAUUCUGGGAGCACCAAGAUACCGGCAUAAAGGACAAGUGAGCAUUUCAAAACUAGCGACCAACACAACUAACCUGCUGCUGGAUUCCCCCAAGCCUCAGAUUGGUUCAUAUUUUGGAGCUGAGGUUUGUGUGGUUGAUCUGAACUCUGAUACAAAAACAGAUCUUCUCUUAAUUUCUGCACCAACUUAUAUAGACGGUCAUUGUGAAGGCAAAGUUUUUGUGUACUUAUAUUCACGGCAGCCAUACUUCAGUUUUUCUAUGGUGCUGGAAGGCAUGGCUGGACAGAGAGGACGAUUUGGCUCUUCUCUGGCCAGUCCUGCAGAUCUGAAUGGAGAUGGUUUCAGGGAUGUACUGAUCGGAGCUCCCCUAGAAGAAGAUGGACAGGGAAGCAUAUACAUCUUUAAUGGGCAAAUUGAUAGAAUAAUUUCUACGUAUUCACAGAGGAUUUCUGGAUCAUCUGUGCGUUCAGGGUUACAGUUCUUUGGACUAGCACUGAGUCAAUCCUCUCUAGAUCAUAACGGGGACAGUCUCCCAGACAUUGCUGUUGGAUCAAAAGGAGCAGUUCUGCUUCUCAGGUCUAGACCCAUUGUGUCCUUGGAUGUGAAAGUAACCUACAGUCCAUCCAAAAUCCCAACCAAACUGAGUGAAAUAAACUGCACCAGGCCAUUGGAAAACACCCUGACAGUGUGCUUCAAUAUGAGUGGAUACAAACAUGAUAUAACAGAUUUGGCUGCCAAUAUUAGCUAUAUGUUAAAGCUGGAUGCCAAGCGAUAUAACCAUCGAGCAUACUUCUUUGACAAAAAUCAUGUCAUAAAUGGUGUUGUAAAGAUUACAUUGGAAGAGGUAUGCCAAGACCAUUCUUUUCUCAUAGAGGCUUGUCCAGGGGAUUUUCUGAGCCCGUUGCUUAAUGAAUUAACAUUCAAUUUUGAGGGUCUGCCCUCCCAAAGUCUGGGGAACUUGCCGCCUGUUCUCUUACCUUGGAUAAAGAACACUACCAUCCACAAUUUAGAUUAUGAGAUAAACUGUGGCUCAGACAACCUUUGUGUUGACAACCUCAAAGUGGACUUCAACUUUAGUGGAACUACAAUUAUAAAGAUUGGGAUCAUGCUGGACAUUACUGUGACAGUUGUUGUAGAGAACAGAGGAGAGAACUCAUACAACAAUGACUUCACCCUCAAAUACCCCUUUGGACUUUCCUACGGGAGAGUUUUCUCUACAGUGGGCAGAUUGAAUUGUCAGUCUUCAGAUGGUAUGCAAGGAGUUUCACCAGGGGAAACAAAUUGUCAGGUUAAUAGCCCCCUAUUUCCAGGAAGCACUUUUGCUAUGUUCGAGAUUAAUUAUAGUAUUAAUGAAAAAAGUAAUUUUGACCAAAUGGUAACUUUUAGUGCAUCUGUUAAAAGUGGCAAUACACAUCACUCUGAAAACAGUGAAUUAUUGAAAGUGAAAAAUAUCAGUGUAAAACAUGCUAUCUACAUUACCUUGUUGAGGCACACAGAUACCAGCAUAUACAUCAAUUUAACUAGAGGGAAGAACAAUCUUGAAAAACCAGUAAAACAUAUAUUAGAGGUGAAAAACGAGUUUAGAGAACUGAAUUUAACAGUUUACAUUAGAGUGCCUAUAAAAUUGGGAGCUGAAAACAUCUGGACUGAUAGAAACUUGCAGGUUUCAGACUGCCUGAGGGAAAGGGAUGAGCAACCCAACAGCACAGACUUUCUAAAACUACUCACAAAGAAAUAUGUGAUAAACUGCUCUGUGGCAGUGUGUGCAGUGUUCAAAUGUGAUCUGAAUCUAAUGAAAAAUGAAAGGAAGUUCUAUCAUAUAUCUAGCAAUGUAACCUCUGGGUGGAUUGAGCAGACUGGGAUUAGAUCAGCUUAUUUUCAGCUGAUCAGUACAGCGUCUCUCGAUUUUGAUGAGAAUAAAUAUAUUUACUUCUCUGAUUCACAUAUUUCACCAAUUUGCGAGGUAAAUACUCAGGUAGAGGUCUAUGAGGAACCCAGUCUCAUCAAGGAGGUCGCUGGAGGAGUAAUUGGAGGACUGUUGCUCAUCUGUCUCAUCACAGCUGUCCUCCUUAAGGCUGGGUUUUUCAAAAGAAAGUCCAUGCAGCAGAUGAAAAUUAGAGGUUACCACCCCCCAUGCACCAGAGAACUACUCUUCACUAUCAUACAUUAUGUUGCUGACUGUCUCAACUCAUGCAUUCUCCACAUCUUUUCACAAGUAAUGAUGGACCAGAAUUCCUUGUGUAUCAGCUUGUAUAUCUUGUGUGUGUUUCAGUCAGUUAAGGCAUUCAACGUUGACCCUGUUACAUGGAGAAGUUUCACAGGACCUUCACAGAAAUCAAAUGUUGCCUUCGGCUAUAGAAUAAUGCAAAGAGAACCGUUAAGUGUAAUUGUGAGUGAUCCUUUAAUACAAGAAAGUAAAACUCAAAAAGGACUAAUUUAUCAUUGUGAUGUCAAAGAAAAAACCUGCUUACCACUGGAUUUUAAAGUCCCUGAUGAGGCUGUCAACAUGUCCCUUGGACUUUCAAUGUCGCUAGAUCCACAGUCUUCAAGGGCAGUGGUUUGUGGUCCAACCAUACCCAAGAACUGCGAAGUAACUACUUACAAUGGCAUGUGCUUCAAACUGAGUAAAAAUGGUGUUGUAAGCAGACCUGUGCCAAGGACUCUGAGAGAAUGCCCUACAUCACAAAUCGAUAUUGCCUUUUUAUUGGAUGGAUCUGGAAGUGUGAAUCGUGAGGACUUUACAAAGAUGAAAGCUUUUGUUAUAGCAAUGAUCCAAAGUUUUAUGGGCCAGGAUGUACAGUUUGCCAUUGCACAGUUUUCUACAAACUGUGUAAUUCAUUCCUUUUUCAAAAAAAUCACAAGCAACUUGUGGCAACGUCAAGUGAAUGACAUAGAUCAGCUUCGAGGAUGGACAAACACAGCAACAGCUAUAAAACAGCUUGUAACAAAUGUAUUUGUAAGCAAGGGAGGUGCAAGACCAUUAUCCAGUAAAGUUUUACUAGUUAUCACUGAUGGUAAAUCAACUGAUAAAACCCCAUUGACUGAUGCUGUUCAAGAAGCACAAGCAAAUCAAAUAAUUCGAUAUGCAAUUGGGGUUGGCAAUGCUUUUACAGACACAAAAGCACUAGAGGAACUGACAACUAUUGCAUCUUUACCAACCAGUAGCCACAGGUUCGAAGUGACAAACUUUGAUGCAUUGGAAAGUAUUCGUGAAAAACUCAAAGAGAACAUUAUUGCCAUUGAAGGAACCCAAACAUCUGGUGAUUCAUCAAGAAUGGAGUUUGCACAGGACGGCUUUAGUGCAGCAUUGUCAUCAAAUACAGAUAUGAUAAUGACUGCAGUGGGAGCUUUCCAGUGGAAAGGUGGACAUAAACUAUACACACAAAAUGAUCAAACAAAUGUUUUUAAAGCUGGAAGUGAGCAUAACAGUUAUCUAGGUUAUUCUUUGACAAUAGCAACAAUAUCCAGAUCAAAGUAUGCAGUUCUGGGAGCUCCGAGACACAAGCAUAAGGGACAAGUAAUUGUUUCAAAACUUGGUGUUAAUCAAUGGGACUUGCAAUUGGAUCCUCCUGAGCCUCAGAUUGGGUCAUACUUUGGAGCUGAGGUGUGUGUGGUGGAUUUGAACUCGGACUCCAACACAGACCUCCUGUUGGUUUCAGCACCAACAUAUACAGAGGCUGACCGAGAGGGCAAAGUGUUUAUUUACGUCUAUUCAAAAUGGACAAUCUUUACUUCAUCGGAUACGGUUCUGGUGGGCAUGGCAGGUCAGAGAGGACGAUUUGGCUCUUCUCUGUCCAGUCCAGCAGAUCUGAAUGGAGAUGGUUUCAGGGAUGUUCUGAUUGGAGCUCCCUUAGAAGAAGAUGGACAGGGCAGCAUCUACAUUUUUAAUGGAGGAGUAGAUAGAAUAAUGCCAACAUAUUCACAGAGAAUCGUUGGAUCAUCUGUGCAACCAGGUUUGCGGUUCUUUGGGAUUUCAUUAAGUCAGUCCUCUCUAGACCAGAGUGGAGACAACCUACCUGAUGUUGCAGUUGGGUCCAUGGGAGCAGUUCUGCUUCUCAGGUCCAGACCUAUCAUGCGCUUGGAAACAAGAGUAACUUACUUUCCAUUUAAAAUCCCAACCAGUGAAACAGACUGCCAAAAGACACUGGAAAACACUCUGACAGUGUGCUUCGCCAUGAGUGCAUACAAACAUACCAUUGCAGAUGUGGCUGCCAAUGUUAAUUACACCAUAAAGCUGGAUGCCAAGCGACAGAGAUUUCGAGCACACUUCUCAGUCAAAAAACGUGUCCUCAAUGAUCAGAUGACUAUUGGGAUGAGGAAAGAAUGCAAGGAUCAUCGUUUCUUCAUAGAUGCUUGUUCAGAAGAUGCCCUGAACCCGUUGUCCAAUCAGUUAACUUUCAUAUUUGAAGGUCUUCCAUCAACAAAAAUGGAAAACUUGAGGCCAGUACUCCUGCCAGCGAUAAAAAACACUUCAGAUCACAAUCUGGAUUUUGAGAUAAACUGUGGAACUGAUAACAUCUGUAUUGAUAACCUCAGAAUGGAUUUCAAUUUCUCUGGAUCUACAAACAUAGAGGUUGGGAUCAUGCAGGAGAUUAAUGUGACAGUGUUUGUGGAGAACAGAGGAGAAAACUCGUACAACACGGACUUCACCCUCAAAUACCCUUUUGGACUUUCUUACAGAAGAAUCACCUCUAAACAGGGCAGAGUGGAGUGUGUGCCUCUUGAUGGUGAGCCAGGGGUUUUAUUGGGAGAGACCAUUUGCCACAUCAGUAACCCCAUCCUCAAAGCCAAUGCUCAGGCUGUGUUUGAGAUUACAUACAGUAUAAAUAAAGGAAGUACUUUUGGUCAAAAUGUGACAUUUAGUGCUUUGGUCAAAAGUGGGAAUGACAAACACUCUGAAAACAGUGAAUUAUCCAAGGAGAAAACCAUUGGUGUCAAAUACGCCAUCUAUAUUGCCUUGAUUAGGCAUGAAAAUUCCAGCAUCCACAUUAAUUUUACUGCAGGAAAAAAGGAUCUUCAGAGACCAGUGCAACAAAUAUUAAAGGUUGAAAAUGACCUCAGAGAAUUAGCUUUCAAAGUUGUCAUCAGAGUGCCAGUGAGACUGGGUGAUUUUAACAUCUGGACAAAUACAAAUUUACAAAUUUCAGACUGCAAAAAGAUGGCAGAGGAAAAAACUGUAAUAACCAAUUUUAUGGAAGUUGUCAAAAAAAAACGUGUGGUGAACUGCUCUGUUGCAGCAUGUGCAGUGUUCAGUUGUGAUUUACAUCUCCUGAAAAAUGAAAGGAAACACUACUUUAUAUCUGAAAAUGUGAGCUCUGGAUGGAUUGAGGAGACUGGGCUCAGAGCUGCUAUUUUUCAGUUGGUCAGUACAGCAUCUCUGGAUUAUGACAAGAGCAAAUAUGUUUUCUUCUCCACUGAUUCUCAAGACACUGCUCCAACUGUCCAGAUUAAUACCCAAGUGGAGGUGUAUGAGGAGGUGGAUCUGACAAAAGAGAUCAUUGGUGGGGUAAUAGGAGGACUGCUGCUACUGGCGCUCAUCACAGCGGCCCUUCAUUAUGCUGGGUUCUUCAAAAGCCAAUACAAGCAGAUGCUGGAAGAUGCAAAUAGGGAUGCAGGAGGGGAGCCAUUGACUGAACAAUAAUGUUUACAUCUAUAGAUUUAGUCCAAAUGUUAAGUGUUAAGUUUUAUGAGAAUUUUUAAAAUCCUAUAUAAAUUAUAUUCUGUAAGGGUUGAUUACUGUUCCUGUAGCUCAACUGGUAGAGCAUUAUGCUAUCAGGAUAAUGCAGGAAUCACACAAAUUUAUAAAAUGUAUACCUUGAAUUCACUGUGAGUUGCUUUGGAUAGAAUUGUCUGCUAAAUGCAUAAAUGUAAAUGUAGUUUGGUCGAUUUUAGAAUGUAACAUGAAAUCUCUUUAACCACUCAAAUUAACAUAAUCAUUGCACAUGAUUAGAAUAUUAGUGAGCUCAAUAAUGUGGUAACAUCAAGAAAAUGUUACAAAAGUGAUAAUGAGUGUGAACCGUAAUAGAAAUAUUGGACUUCUUAUGGCAGGUUUGCCUCUCUCUUCAUUGGAAUACACUAAAGUGUUAAUAUACAGAUGCCUUUAAGGUUACUGCCUGAAAUAGAGCUCAUGUCAGUGCAUAUAAAACAAUUAUUCUACUGCAAUCCUUCAUAAAAUACAAAAUUAAACUAAAUAUAAGCAAAAUAAGUAAUACUUACAGGCAGUGUCCCUUUAAGUGCUGUUAAUACUGGAGGGAGCAGAAGAUUUUCUUUAUGACAAACCAGAAUAAAUAAAUAAACAGAAUAAAUUGUGCUUUAAAGGUAUAGUUCACCCAAAAAUUAAAAUUCUCUCGUCAAUUACUCACACACUUAUGCCAUUCCAGAUGUGAAUGACCUUCACAUCUGCUAAACAUAAAAGUAGAUUUUGUUUUAUGAAUAUCUCAGCUACAG